UACACAGAGAAGAGGAUUUAUCUACACAAUCGGCUUCCCACUUGGGUUCAAUCUAUGCUGCCAAGAGUAUUUUACAUAAUAGAGAAGUCCUGGAAUUAUUAUCCUUAUACUCUGACAGAAUAUACAUGCUCAUUCUUACCUCGAUUCCUCAUUCAAAUUGAUACCACUUAUCAAGACAACAAUGGGUCCUCGGAGAACGCCCUGGACCUUGCCCCUGACCUGCUGGAGCAGAGAGAGGUCGAUCACGUCGAUAUCUUGAGUGACGAGUUUUCGUCCCGUGAAACAACUCCCGAGGAGGACUGUCACGCUUUUGUAUCCAGUAAAACAGGACGAGGCCCACUGCAGGAAGGAUGGAAGGAGUCAACAGAACCAAUCAUGUGCUCAUACAAAGCUGUUAAAGUUUUCUUUGAGGUGUGGGGGCUACAGACUCGUGUUGAGGCUGGCGUUCAUAGAGCUGUUAGAGAUAUCAUCUUGAAAGGGCACAAGCAAGCUUUUCUAUGGAUAGAUGAGUGGCAUGGACUAACAAUGGAGGAUAUAAGAGAAUAUGAGAGAAAGGUACACGAGGAGACCAACAGGAUGGUGCUGUCAAAUGGAACAGGAGCUGUAGCUGAUGGAGCUACUCCUUAACAUCAAAAGGACUCACUUACAAUUAAUAAUUAUUGUUUUAUUGACACCAUACUGAUAAAAAAUAAUUAUUUUCUUGUUAUUAUACAUCACUCGCUUGUUAUCUCUUCUUUACUGUUGUAAAGUUUUAAUUAUUAUUAUAAUAGAAAUACCACAAUUAAUAAUAA